AUGCCUCGCACAAAAACCAAGACCAAGAGCGAAGAUCUCGCCCGAAUUCGCAAUAAUCAACGGCGAUCAAGGGCAAACCGACUAGCAUAUAUUCGCGACUUGGAGGAAAAGGCCAGAAAAUACGACGAGUUAAUUGCAUCAACACCUCCACCGUCACUAUCAGCAUUUGACAAAUUGCAAUCCGAAAAUGCCUGGAUGAGAGGGUUACUGGCUACCCUAGACAUCAACUUCAACUCUUUGGAUGCACCCCCCGGGAGCAUUCACGACAGGGAACCCAAUAUGGUAUCGGCGAUCACCGGCUCGUUCGCUAGUAGCGUGGAGACUCGCCAAUCUUGGGAAAAUUCAACUCCCUUGUCAUUUUGGGAGCAAUGGGAUUCGUCGGGUCUAUCGCCUGACAUGGGGCUAGAUUUCAAUAUCCCGUUACUGUCGAACGACGUCAAUAAUUUGGCCAAUUUGAAUCCUCCCUUGGCAGAACCGACAGACCCGAACCUUGAGGCUAGCCAGUACCAGGGGAGCCAGGAGGGCACUGAAGCAAGUGUUCCGAGCAACAGGAAUACGACACUAUGCUCUUUAGCAUGUCAAUGGGUGAUCCAAUGCAAUACCAAAGGUGUGGAAUUGGAUGUCUUGUACUUCCGGAUGGAGCGUGGUUUCAAGCAAGGUAACAGUCCGCUGGAGGGAUGCAGGGUGGAUAAUCAAGUUCUUCUUAAAGUUUUGACGGAAAUAUCUUGA